AUGACCGCCGGACCAGUCGGCGCCCGCGCCCCUGUCCCAUUCACCAUAGGUCCUAACGGCACGUUAUUCGAUCCCAAAUUCGGCAUAAAUCCCCAAAUCAUCGCCACACACUCCUUCUCCAAUGCCCCGCCCCUCGACAUCAUCAUCGUCCCCGGCGGCACAGGCGACUUCGUCCUCGACAACCAGAACAACUUUACCAUGGAGAAAUUCAUCGCUGGCCGUUUCGGCGAAGCGGAGUACGUGCUCUCGGUGUGCACUGGCGCGACGACACUCGCGCGGGCUGGCGUGCUGAAGGGUAGGAAGGCGACGACUAACAAGAGUGCAUGGACUUGGGCUACGGAUUCGAGGCAUGGGCGGGACGUGCAGUGGGUGCCGAAUGCGAGGUGGGUCGAAGAUGGGAAGGUGUGGACGAGCUCGGGGGUCGCGGCGGGGAUGGAUAUGAUGUACGCGUUCGUGGGGCAUUAUUGGGGUUGGGAGGCAGCAAAUGGGACGGUAAAUGGGAUUGAGUAUACGCCGCAUGCGGAUAAGCAUUGGGAUGCGUUUGCGGUGGUGCAUGAUGUGAGUAAAAUGGGGUCCGAUCUGCCUACAAUGGUGAAGCUAUGA